AUGAGUUGUGCUUUGGUGUAUGCACAGUUAUUGUUCCUCUGACCAUCGCGUGAACUUUUAAAAAGCAAGCCUCUUGUGACCGCCCGUUACGCGAGAUGUACAGUAGCACGACGCUAGUCUCUCCUACCCCAAGCACGCCUUUCGGAAUUAGCGGGAAUGUGACGUCACAGACAGGAUUUAAUGCUUCCCCUAAUCAUAACUCAACCAUCUCUUCGCCUGGACUAAACUUGUCUUCUCCUGGAUUAAACUCGUCUUCUAGUAUUUUUGAUGAUGUAGAAAGUUUGUGUUGUAAUCCUACCACAAGCAGUCUGUUUCCCAAUUUCUGUGAAAAAUUGAUGCUGGUGGUCUUCUCCGAUUGGGAUAUGUACCUUGCAAGCUUUGAGUUGGAUGAAAGUCCAAAGAUCGUCCUGGCAGUGCUGUAUGGUGUCAUCGUGUUUACGUCACUGGUGGGUAACUCGCUCGUGCUGCUCACCUUCGCCUUCAACCGUCACAUGCGGUCCACCACAAACGUAUUCAUCAUGUCUCUGGCGGUCAGCGACCUCCUCUACACUCUCACAGCCGCACCCUUUGACAUUACCGUGACCUUCACAACAUUCUGGCAGUCUGGCUCCUUCUCGUGUAAGAUGGUCCCGUUUAUGAACAGUUUGUCAGUGUCCUGCAGUUCAAUGACUCUCUGUUGCAUUGCUUUUGAUAGAUUCUACGCCAUAGUCUACCCUUUCAAAGGGAAAAUCUUCCAGAGCCCAAUGAAAGCGUUCGCACUUUUACUAUUUGUGUGGGUUCUGUCUGUUGCCACCAGCUUGCCCAAUGCCCAACAGUACGAGUUGGUACCAUACCGGUCGCGCUGUGACACGAAGUAUCUGUGUAUGCAGCCACUGGUGAAUGGAGUGGCUGGUGAAGUCCUCCAGACGUGGCUAUCUUUUACACUGUUGUUCCUGCUCCCCCUCCUCGUCAUGUCUGUGUUGUAUGGUAUCAUCAUCCACCGCCUGUGGAUAAAGCGCCCCAUCGGUUCGUCUGUCCAGCCGUCCGAGAGCAAUCAGUUGAGGAUUAAGAAGAAAGCCAUCAAGAUGCUACUCGUAGUUGUGUUCCUGUAUGUGAUUUGCUGGCUACCUCUUCAAUGCUUCAGCAUCAUUAUCCAAAAGUCGGACGUGCGCCCAACACAGUCGAUACGACAGUUACGCAAGUUUUUACAGUGUUUGGCGGUGAGUAGCUGUUGUUAUAAUCCAGUCAUAUAUACACUGAUGAAUGAAAAAUUCCGUAGGAACUUUCUUAACGUCAUCAUGUGUAGAACGAAGGUGUUUCCCCAGAUUACCAACUCUAAGGUCGAAAAUCUGAGGCGACAGCACAACAAACGAAGGAUCUUGCCUCGCCACCCUAACACACUGUUGGCGGAACCACCAAGCAGGGACACCCUGGAAACCCGACUGUAACAGUGACAGUACUAGAUACACCUUUGCGACAAUUGGUACAUCGAUAUGAUUAAAAUGUUAAGUAGAAACCCCGGUAUGUUAAAUCGCAGCUGAAAAAUUGUACAAUCGGAAACCUGGGCAUAUUGUAUAAACGCGAAAACUGCAUGAAACAUUUGGUUUAUUUGACGGGCUGAAAAAGUACAAAGGUGGACAACUGGGCGCAGCUGGAUUAAAACAGAAAUACAAUACCUUAAUGUAAACGAAGAACUCCAACGUUGUAUUGUAAACAUUAAUAAAAGU